CACAAGUAAAUCAUCCACAGCUGAGAAACAUUUCAUUCCUAGUCUGCAAGAAGUGACAUACUCCUGUAUAGCUAAAACACCACAUUGUCCAGUUGCGAGUUCGAGUUGAAGAGGUCGAUCAUGGCGAAGCGUAGCGAGAAGGAGGCAUCUCUCUCGGUGAUCGUGAUCGUGGCCCUGGCCAUCCUGGUCGUUCUCACGGCGCAGGUGGAGUCGGCGGCGGCCGCUGUUAGCUACGUCAACCUGGAGGAUACUGUGAGGAAAGUAGUGCAGGAGCACAUGAAUAUCAACUGGGGCUUCGGUGCCGGCCUCCUCCGACUCGUCUUCCACGACUGCUUCGUCAGGGGUUGCGAUGGAUCCGUGUUGCUGGAUAGGACGCCCCAAAACACCAAGACGGAGAAGGAGUCGCCAAGCAACGGCGGCCUGCGUGGCCUCGAGGUGAUCGACGCCAUCAGGGUCAGGCUCGCCAAGGAUAUCGGUGUCACCGUCUCCUGCGCCGACGCCGUCGUGUUCGCGGCGCGCGAGGCCACCCACAUCCUGAGCAAGGGCAAAAUCGCAUACGACGUCGACGGGCCCGGCCGCAUGGACGGCAUCGUCUCGUCGGCGGAGGACCCGGGAAAGCACCUCCCUGCCCCGACCGACACCUUCGAUCUGCUCAUGCAAAAGUUCAGGGCCAAGGACCUCGACCUGGUGGAGCUCGUCGCCCUCUCCGGCGCACACUCCGUCGGUGUCGCCAACGUAACGUCGGUCAUACACCGAUUCGGAACUCCAAUCCCCCGCGGUCAGAUGAACCGCAUGUACGCUGGUGCCGUUGUAAUUGAAAUGGGGACGGACGGUGUGGUAGAGAACAACGUCCGUGACUUCAAGCCUGCCAACCGUGACACCGUCGCUGGUUACCAGGCCAAUGGGGUGGUGGACUUGAACGCGGUGGGCUACCUGGACAACAGCUACUACAACGCCAACUUUCAGAACAUGGUGCUCUUCAACUCCGACUGGGAGCUGACGACCAACACAAGCGCGAAACAGCACAUGACAUUGUACAUGGACGCUGACAAGUGGAGAGCUGCCUUCGGAAAGGCCAUGACCAGGCUCAGCAACGAGCUCAAGUCUGAGGGGCCCCUUUACGAGAUCGGGAGCAGGAUGACAUGCAAUGCCACCAACCACAUGUCCUACUGAGCGCGCCUCAAGAUUUGAACGUUUGCCAUGCAUUUAGUUUGCUGAUGAUGAUGAAUCUUCGCUUAUUAUUACCUUUUGAUUUGAUGUUCUUUCUUCUUCUUUUGAACUCACCUUUCGAUGUUGACUCUCUUCGCUA